CAUGUCAACAAAUAAAAGCCACAACAGUUGUUUUUAAAACCAUAAUUUCAAAUUGUGUAUGGAGUAAUGAAAAAAAUACAAUGUCGGAAUCAGUAGAAUUACUAUUUUUCGAUACAUUUGCUCACGAUAAUUCAGAGGAAAUUAAUCUAGAUUUGGUGCAAUUCCCUAAACCAGUGUAUGUUGUCGAAGUAAGAAUUAUUCCUCUGGGAGCUAGAGUACAAGCAGAUUUUCCUGGAGGUGUUAGAUUGGGUGCAACAAAUCCCAGUCAAUUCGAUAUUGAAUUUUUCGUGAACGAUUUAGGUAAAACGGGAGCUAGCACGUUCGAAACUUUGGGUGGUUUUAAAUACGAUCAAAAUGGUUGUAUCAACUUGGAUUGCGUUCCAAAUGAUACCGUCAGGAAAAUACCUACUGAUGGACUUGUUCUUAGAGGAUGGUAUACUACUAUAACGCUUGCUGUAUAUGGAACUCUUACUAAGAAUAUAGCUGAACAGAUUAUUCAACCUGUCGUUAAUCCUUCUUUAACGAAUCAAACUAAUGUUAUACAGGAUAAUCAACAAAUUUGUUCUGGUUCACCACUUGAUACUGAGUGGCCUCAAGAUGCCGUUCCUAUCGAUUAUACUGCUCAACAAACUACUCCUUAUCAACAAUUUACUCAACCGGAGCAAUAUGUUCAAGACUUUGAUUACUACCCGGACGUUCCUAAAGAUCCUAGAAGUUACCAUCACACUCCGGAGACCGAAUGGGACAACAAAACUCGUAGAGAAGGAGACCGGGAUCAUUCUAGAGAUCGUUCUGAAAUCGACCGUAAACGUUACACCAGAUCAGAAAGUAAAGAUCGACAAUUACGCGAUUACAGAGAAACUGAAAGAGAACAAGAGGUUAAUUGGCAAGAACACGAACCGGAUUACCGUAUUGAAAGAACGGAAGUCGAAUGGAAUGAUAGGGAAAGAAUACACGAACGUGAUCGACAAUACAAACACGACGAUAAUUAUAGAAGAUCUUAUAAUAGAAACGAAGACAGGGAGGAUAGAAAACGACCUAGAACUCCGCCUAAUCAUUCCCCGAAAAGACCGCAUACACCUCACGUUCAAGAACAUACUGAAAAUCAAGUAGAAGAACCGGCAAACCCCCAACAAGAGGAUAUUGAAAUAAACGAGGCCAACGAGGAUGUAAAAGUUAGCCCGGUGAAGGAAACACCAGUAGAAGAACCCCCACAAUUAGACGUCGAAGAAUUCGAACCAAUAUUAAGCGAUGAAGACAUCCUUGAUGAUCCCGAUCACUAUCAGGAUAUGGAAUUUGAUUAUACCGCUUAUACUAAUACAGACGAUUUAAUCAAAUUAUUCGUACCAGGGGUGAACGAAUUGAUCAGAUAUCCUAAAAAGAGAAAUUUUCUUGUAAAUAAUAACAGUAUCGAUGUAGAAGAAAAUUUUAAAACAAUUAUAAGUAUAGCAGAUGAUUAUUUCAAGUCGAGCAUCACGAAAUACGACAAGGACGUUUUUAAGGAUCUAAACACCGAAAUUAAGGAAGAAUUUGUACAUUUGUGCGAAAAAGUGAUAAACAACAUUGGUAGUUAUCAAAUAUAUGGUGAUAUAGUGAAAUUGUAUGUCGAAACAAUUCAUAUAAGAUCUGAUGAUUUAUCUAAGGAAGAUAAAGAAUUGGUAGAACAAGUUAGGGGAGUAGUUACCACUAUAACGGAUUGGUUGAAGAUUUCCAUCGAUUACGAAUUGGCUAACUUACAAAAACAACCGACUUAUAAGAUUCGACAUCUAAAAAGUGGGGUUAGGUUAGCGGAUUAUUGUUGUACUAGUCGGGAUUUCGUCGAAUUAUUAUUGGGUAGUAAUUUCAACGUACAUCAUCAAUUAAUUAAUUUGUACGAACAAGAAUUCAUGGCGUUAUCCAUAAAAUUGAUGAUACUUAAAGCUUUAGAUACGUAUUUACAUCACGAGUUAGCAAUCGAGAAAUUUUUGUGGGACGAUUCGUUAUUAGGGAAAAAAUCGAUUGGUUACGUCAAAUUAAUCGGUUAUAUACGGAGUAAUCCGUUAGUUAGAUUGAAAUUCGCUUUGAUUUCUAUAAUAAGAAAAUUGAAUUUAUACGAAAUGCUUCGGGAAUUACAUGCAACGGUUAUAAAAUUCCGCGAUAUAACCUACGAAAUAUCUACGACGGAAUUGAAUUUAAUAACGAAAAGUUUAAAUCGAAUUUUAGGUUAUGUUAAUACGGGACCGUUCGUUUUAUCGCAACCUAAACGAUUCUUACCAGUGGCGUCGCAAUUUGAUAUUAUCAAAGAUAAUAACGAUAAUAUUUUAAUUAAUUAUUUUAAAAUGUUCGAUUUAUUGGAAAUAUUUUUGUUAUUAUUGACGCAUUCGACUACUAUGAAUUUACCUUUAAUCAAAACUCCUAUAUACGAGGUGUUAUCGAUAUUUUUAACACGAUCCGAUAGUUUGAAAUAUUUAUACGAUAAUAUCGAAACGACGAACGUUUUAGUGAAAUUUUUCAUAAAAAAUUUAGACGAUUAUGAUAAUAUCGAUCAAAAAUUAGGUUUGAAAAUUUCUUAUAAAUUACGAGGGUUGUACCAUAUCGAUUCGUUGUUAGAUAAAGGUAAACAAUUGAAUUUCGAUUGGGAUCAACCAGAAAUAAUCGAUAAUUUACACGGUUUAUUCUGUCUAACGUUCCAACCGGUCGGUAAAAUAACGUGCGCCGAAUUAUUAGGUAUGGACGAUAAUAUAUUGUGUUUAUUACAAUUUUUCGAUUAUAUUUUUUCGAAAGAUAAACCGGAAAUGAUAUUGAACCGUAUAAAAACCACCCCUUCCGUAGGUUAUAUAAUCGAUUUGAUUUAUAUAGCGGUAACAGUCGUAUCAAACGUACCCCUAUUAGAAAAACAUUCGAAAUUAUUAUUACAUUUAUGUAAUUAUAAUAUGUUAUUCGACGACAACGAAAAUAACAAAAUCACCGAAUUAAAAUAUUAUUUAUUACCUUUCGAAAAUAUAAUUUAUUUAUCGUACGAUAAUAUUUCGAUUUUCGUGGAAACUAUAGUGAAACACAUGGAAAAUUUUCCCCAUAAUCUCGGUCCUAUUAUAACUUCCUUGAGGAUAAUCGAACAUUUAGGUAUUCGUCCUUACGACGAAUUAUACGAAAAUUAUUUAUCAGAUUACGUCGAAUUGAAAUAUAAACACGUGAUAUUGCAAUUGUUUUCGUUGGACGGUACGUCGAUUAUAACGAAAUUUUUACAAAAAAUUUGCGAUUAUUACGAACAACCGAGUUUGCAUUCGUCGAUAAUAGCCGCUAAUCAAGGUUGGAUUAUCGUCAAUUCGAUCAGACCUUCGGUGAUUUUACUAAAACAGAUGUUAUCGUACGUCAUACAAUGUCAAAAUACGAAUUUCAAAGAUUUAACAGCCAUACCGAUACUACUACGAACUUACGAUUUGUUGAAUAAUUUCCCGGUUAGUUCGGCGGUGUAUUUCGACGCGCAACGCGUUAAAAUUAAAAUCGUCGAUACUUUAUUGGUUUAUACUCAACCGGUAUCGGAACGCGUCAACGAAAAGGAUUCGUUAUCGAAAACUUUGUGGACGAAAAUGUGCGGGGAAGUUAUUAAAUACAUAACAUCGUUACCGCAUACGUUUGUAUCGGGACUUUUAAUUUUUUCCGAAUUGUUACCGUUACCAUUACCGUUACAAACUAUCGAGGAUAUUAGCGACGACGAAAUAUCGUGGAUAAUGAAUUUGAGGAAAUUGUGGUCGGCGCAUUUACAUCCUCACACUACUAUAAUACAAGAUACAGUUAAUAUACUGUGUAUUUCGACGCAAACUCAAUUAUUGAAUCUACUGAGACGUAUUUGCGUACAAAUAGCGGAUUUGGCGGCUAAUUCGGCGGUUAUGAUAGCUAGGGGAGUGUUGGAUAAUGUAUACGACGCCGUAGUACCGAAAGAAAACGCCAAAAUAUCACCGUGCAAUUCUCAUAUAGCGAGAUUAUUGAAUUUUUUAGCGUGUUUAGUGACUCAGAACACUAUAAAAUGUGCCGUAUUGCAUCUGUUACAUUCUAAUAGUACGGUAACUUCGAAAACCGAAGAAAGAUACGUUAAUUUAAUACCGGCCUUCGGGGAAAUAUUGAAAAUUAUUAAUACCAGUAAUAGUCACGUACAAGCUCAAGAAUGUAUAUUGAGUAUAUUGCAGAGUUUUUGCGAUACGGAAAUAACUCUAACUCAAACCGGUAGUACUAGCAAAGACGGUUAUUUAGCUAAUUCUAUGCCUACAAAAGAACAUCUAUUGAUGUAUAUUAACAUGAUGGGUGAACAUCUUAUCAACGAAAAUUCCUUCGUCACUUAUUUACCUAUUGUUAGAACUUUGUUGUUGCUAACCGAACACGAUUACGGUUUUUUGCACCUUAAAGAUAAUCUACUCAAAAAAAACGAUCUUUUCCUACCGGUUUUAAAUAAAUUGGCCGAUAAUUUUUCCAAAGAUAAUAGAGAAUGUUUGUCUACAUUGAAUACGUCAGUGGAAUUUUUGAGGGUGUGCGUUAACGUCGAAGAAGAAUCUGACGGUAAUUUACCGUAUUCUCCAAGGAAAAUUAAACUUUCUUCGGAGGAAUUGAGGAAUAUUGUCGGAUGGAGAAGCGGCGAAGAUAACGAGCAACAUCCGUUGAAGAAAUGCGAAAAAAUUUUAAAGGAAACCGUGGAGGAAAACAAAACCUACGAAAGUUUCCUAGAGGGUUUAACGGCUUUAUUAAAACUACUCCAAGACGGUGUCGAUGCUAAUAAAGAAUCGAAUCCGAUUGUGGAAACUAAUUUACCAGCACCAGAAAGUCUGUUGGUGCAAUUUUCUAAACGAUUGGUAUUUAGUUCUUCCGACGCUUGCGACGAAAGACUCACUAGUACUUAUUGGUUAGGUUUGCCGACAGAUGAAGGAGAAAACGAUUCGGAACAUGUAAAUUGUGAUCUAAUUGAAGUUUGUCGACAAAAUUUAAGACCAGACUUCAACAUCAUAAAAGAAAUUGAAAAAUUAUGUAGGAUAUCGAGAAAUGACAAUUUGGACGAUAAAAAGAGAAUGGAAGACGUAAAUUUAAAAUUAAAAAAACCGUUCGUAACACCAAUGAGAGCUAGAGGAUUCGCUCGCAGCGUGCCCCAAAGACCAGAUUUGUUUAGAUCUCGUCCUCCAAAUACAUCUCGACCGCCAUCAUUACACGUAGACGAUUUUGUCGCUUUGGAAACUUGCGGGGCACAACCAACCGGUCCUACUGGAUAUAAUAAAUUGAGUAGAGAAGUUCUAGCUUCUACGAGAAUAGCUAGAGGUACGAGGGGUAGGGCUUUUGUGACAUCGGAGAGAUCGAUGCAGUACAGACAAAUGCCUUGGUGGGGAGCUGGAUUAGGAAGAGGACCGUAUUAAAUACUAUUUUUCGUGUAUUUCUUUUAAUAAAAUUAAGAUUUAGAUCUAUGUAUUACAAUUAUUGUAAAUAAAGAUAAAAAUCCGAUGAAAAUUAAACCAAA